CGGUUCAGAUUUCUGUAGAAUUACUAUAAUAUUCCGAUAAGGCCAGGAAAAAUGUUUAUGUGGUCUUACCGGAUGAGGACCCACCAAGGAACGUGUAGGAAAAACCAGAAGAUCAUUCCUAAUUGCUUUCGUCAGCGAAUUUUUAGUAAUCAUGAUUUAAACAUCGUAUUAAAUUAGUUUAUUUGAUUGAUAUGUCCCAUUUUAGUACAUCUUACGAGGUUUUGGAUUAGUAUUUUACUGUACUUAUUUUCUUGGUUUUUUUUGUUGGUAAAAAAUUUUCUUUCAGUUUUCAACUGGAUCUUGCUUUCUCCCUGGUGUCACUUCAGCUGCAUGGCUGGUUUUAUGUACCCAAAUAAAGAUUUCACAAGAAUUGCGUUCCUUCAUUACUUUUUCUCUUGCUAUGAUAAAUCUCUCCCACCCACCCCUCCACUCUGGAAAUUUCCUUCUCUUUCUUAACCUUUUUUCUUAUCUAACCGUUUGCUGCUUCAGUCUUAAUUGAGACAAAAGUUCAUGUAUUGCAGUAAAGCAUAACUAGGCCAGCUUUUCAUAUAGCAAAUCUUGGUUUUUUGCUCGGAGGAUUUGGUCGUAAAGGACAUACAAUUGUUCAGUGAGCUUGUAAAAAUUGGUAUUGGUGGUUCGGUUCUAGAGUGAGCGUAUGCCUGGAAACAAGUACAACGGUAAUUCUGGCCAUAUACCAUCUCGCGUUGAACGCCUCUUGCGGGACAGGGAGCAAAGGAAAAGCAGCAGGGCUUCCCAUUCAAAUGAGGUGAUUGAGAAUCAUAGAGGUGCUGUAUCUGAAAAUGGCCCACGUAUUAGAGAAGGGGACAACCCUGGGGUUCCUUUUGUCGAGCAAUACUUGGAAGACGCUGAGGGAUACGAAAGACAAGAUGGAAGGCCUUUCAGGCAGCGAUUGUUGGUAGUGGCCAAUAGGCUCCCAGUUUCUGCAGUUAGGAGAGGUGAAGACUCGUGGUCUCUGGAAAUAAGUGCUGGAGGUCUAGUUAGCGCUCUCCUGGGUGUGAAGGAGUUUGAGGCAAGGUGGAUUGGAUGGGCUGGCGUAAAUGUUCCAGAUGAGAUUGGACAAAAGGCACUCACUAAAGCUUUAGCGGAGAAGAGGUGUAUCCCAGUCUUCCUUGAUGAAGAGAUUGUUCAUCAGUACUAUAAUGGUUAUUGCAACAACAUUUUGUGGCCUCUUUUUCAUUACCUUGGACUUCCCCAAGAGGACCGCCUUGCUACCACUAGAAGCUUCCAGUCCCAGUUUGCAGCAUACAAGAAGGCAAAUCAAAUGUUUGCUGAUGUUGUAAACACACACUAUGAAGAAGGUGAUGUUGUCUGGUGCCAUGAUUACCACCUCAUGUAUCUUCCAGAGUGCCUGAAGAAAUACAAUACCAAGAUGAAAGUUGGUUGGUUUCUCCAUACACCAUUCCCUUCUUCUGAAAUUCAUAGGACAUUGCCAUCCAGAUCUGAGCUGCUACGUUCAGUCCUUGCGGCUGACUUGGUUGGUUUUCAUACCUACGAUUAUGCCAGACAUUUUGUUAGUGCCUGUACUCGAAUCCUUGGACUUGAGGGGACACCUGAUGGGGUUGAGGAUCAAGGGAGGCUGACUCGUGUUGCUGCAUUUCCUAUUGGGAUAGACUCAGAUCGGUUCAUACGUGCACUUGAGCUUCCUCAGGUCCAGGAACACAUCAAAGAAUUAAAAGAAAGGUUUGCUGGCCGAAAGGUAAUGCUUGGUGUUGAUCGUCUUGAUAUGAUUAAGGGAAUUCCCCAAAAGAUACUGGCAUUUGAAAAGUUCCUUGAGGAAAAUUCUAGCUGGCGUGAUCAAGUGGUUUUGCUGCAAAUUGCAGUGCCAACAAGAACUGAUGUUCCUGAGUACCAGAAACUUACAAGCCAGGUUCAUGAAAUUGUUGGGCGUAUUAAUGGUCGAUUUGGAACAUUGACUGCAGUUCCAAUACAUCACCUGGAUCGUUCUCUUGACUUUCAUGCACUAUGUGCAUUAUAUGCUGUUACUGAUGUAGCACUUGUCACAUCUUUAAGGGAUGGCAUGAACCUUGUCAGUUAUGAGUUUGUUGCUUGCCAAGAUGCAAAGAAAGGGGUCCUAAUUCUCAGUGAAUUUGCAGGUGCUGCACAAUCUCUGGGUGCUGGAGCUAUCUUGGUAAAUCCUUGGAACAUCACUGAAGUGGCUGCUUCAAUUGGGCAGGCUUUGAAUAUGUCAGCUGAAGAAAGGGAGAAGCGACAUUGCCAUAAUUUUCGUCAUGUGACAAUGCACACAGCUCAAGAAUGGGCUGAAACAUUUGUAAGUGAACUGAAUGAUACCGUUGUUGAAGCACAACUAAGGACAAGCAAAGUGCCUCCUGAGCUUCCACAAAAUGAUGCAAUGGAACGUUAUUUGCAGUCUUGCAAUCGAUUGCUGAUACUGGGUUUUAAUGCAACGUUAACCGAACCUGUGGAUACUCCUGGGAGUAGAGGUGAUCAAAUCAAAGAAUUAGAACUUAAAUUGCAUCCAGAAUUAAAAGAACCCUUAACAGCUCUUUGUAAUGAUCCAAAGACAACGGUAGUUGUCCUCAGUGGGAGUGACAGACGUGUCUUGGAUAAGAACUUUGGGGAGUAUGACAUGUGGUUGGCAGCAGAAAAUGGGAUGUUUCUACGCCAUACAAAAGGAAAGUGGAUGACAACCAUGCCGGAACACUUGAAUAUGGAAUGGGUUGAUAGUGUGAAGCAUGUUUUUGAGUAUUUCACAGAAAGAACACCAAGAUCACAUUUCGAAGCCCGUGAUACAUCACUUGUAUGGAAUUACAAGUAUGCAGACAUUGAAUUUGGAAGACUUCAAGCAAGAGAUAUGCUGCAGCAUCUCUGGACUGGCCCAAUUUCCAAUGCAUCUGUUGAUGUUGUUCAAGGAAGUCGAUCAGUUGAGGUGCGAGCAGUUGGUGUUACAAAGGGGGCAGCUAUUGAUCGUAUUUUAGGAGAGAUAGUUCACAGUAAAUCAAUGACAACACCAAUUGAUUAUGUCCUUUGUAUUGGACAUUUUCUGGGGAAGGACGAAGAUGUUUACACCUUUUUUGAGCCUGAGCUGCCUUCUGAUGCGACAAGUAUAACAAGAAGCAAGCCAACUGAUGGACCAAGGUUACCUGCAGAGAGAAGAGCUGCUUUGAAACUUGCAGCAAGCAGAAGUGGGGCAAAAUCAUCUCAAACAAAGGCACAGCGACCAUCACCAGCUCCUGAUAGAAGAGCCGGAAAUAGUCAUAGCAGUGGGAGUUUGCGGCGUCCAUCACCUGAAAAGAUCUCCUGGAGCGUGCUUGAUCUCAAAGGAGAUAAUUACUUCUCCUGCGCUGUUGGCCGGACUCGGACAAGUGCUCGAUAUUUACUUAGUUCAUCGGAUGAUGUUGUCUCGUUUCUGAACAGACUAGCAAAUGCCUCUUUUUCGUGCGAUAUGUUUUCAGGUUUAUAUGUGUAAUGAUCCAGCUCUAGCAUUUGAAGACUCGGUGCAAGACAGAUAUGCUGCAGUCUAUUGACACCAUUCCUUCUUCAAACUCUGCAAACUGAAGAAAACUGUUCUUAUCAACUUGCACAAUAGAAAAAUAGUUUUCAGGCACAUGAGCCACAGAAUUGUUCUUGGUCACUAUAUGUUGAAGGAAAACGAUCUAUAGCGACAAGUUUUACUCUAUAAUAUUCAUUCAAACAUGGCAUAAGUUUCAUAUGCCUAAUGUAGUACUGCCAAACAACCAUCGAUGUCAAGGAGGAUAAGUAUAUAUGUAUGACAAAAACAAGAGAUUUCUCAGCUGACAUAAGUUGAAUUAAAAUUGUUUUAACAAGUGGUGACAAAAAAAAAAAAAACAACUGUUGAACUUUGUAAAUGACCCAAAAUUUAGUUAAUAGCCAAUGAGAUUGUUUCACCACUUUAUCAUUACUUUUCUAAGCAGUUACUAUUACUUUUCAGAUUAAUACGUUUAUCUAUGUCUCAUCAUUUAGAAUUUGA